UGACCCUUACGACCCUCUGUUCUCAACAAUAACUCCUCCUGUUUCUUCCUUCCGUCCACGCUGCCAAGUCCUAUGUGUCUUCUAGCUUCUUUAUAGCUGGAGAGAAUACCUACAAUAUCUAUAGCAUUUAUAACACAAUCACUCUUGCACAGAUUUCAAUCAAAAGCCACCUGAACACACAGUUGUAUACUAACUUGGAGGAAUGGAGAGAUAGUUACAAAGUUAGCCAGUGUACUUCAAAAGGGAAGAGGGGGUUUGGGGAGAUGGUUUAGUUGGUAAAGCGUAAGGGCAUGAGUUUGAUCCCCAGAACCCGCAUGCGAAGCUGGAAAUGGUGGUACAUGGUUGCAAUCCCAACGGAAGCAGACAGAAGAUCUGCUUGUUGACCAGCUAGUCUAGCAUGCUUGGCAACUUCCAGGGCUGAGAGUGGACCCAGUCCCGAGAACAUGGGCUGGCCACUAGGCUCCAAGUGCCAGGGCUCCCAGGCCAGAGGAGGACCUCAGAUCACAGUUAUCAUCUCCCAGUACCUCCACUCACGCUCUCUGCCAGAAUGUGGAAACAUUUCCAGGUUCCCCAAGACCUUGAAUAGGAAAAGUCCCCUGUGGCUUGAAAUGUUUGUUUGGAAGGAAAACUUCAAAGUUACACGGGUUUUUACCAUUCUCCCAGCAUACCAGAAGUGCCCAAACUGUGUUUUAAUCACUGCAGAGGAAGCCCGUACUUGGCACACAGAUUCAGCUGUGUCUGGUUCUAAUCAAGCUGCAUGUUGUGUUUCCAGUUUCCUCAAAUUGGAGUGGUGCAGAAGACACCAGAAUCCAUCACAAGUGCUACCCUGAAGGAAAUCCACUGUCCAUACUUGUCUCAGCAGGUGGAGAGGAAGCUGCCACCAAUCUACAAAAUCCGAGAGAAGCAAGCAGCAAGCAAAAGCAGCUUCCCCUUUUCUAUGCAUGACAAUCGCCACAGUUUUGAGAACUCUGGAUACUAUUUUGACGCUGGCUUGGGACGCAAGAAGAUCUCCCCAGAUAAAAGGCAACACAUUUCUAGAAAUUUCAAUCUCUGGGCCUGUGACUUCAUCCCAUCCCAUUUUGAUGGCCUUUCAAAUAACCAAACAUCCUAUGUACAUAAGGAAGCCAGGGUAAUCGCAACUUUCCGACGCUUCCCUAGAUGUUAUGAUGAAAAAUGGAGUGCCUUCAAGUUUAUUAAUGAACAAAACUAUGCUGAGUUUUUGAAAAAACAGCCAAAUGAGGAGUUUUCUGUUGACACAAAGGCCAACUCUCCACAGGAGCCCUAAUCCUUCCAGAAGAUUCUUGAUGAGCUUUGUGAUGUCAUCUCAUCAGGCAUUCAUCAAGUAUGUCUCUGACCCAACCCUUCUGUGAUUUUCAUAAGGUUGAAGAUAUUCAAAUUCUUACAAAGUUGUAUGAAGCUGUACACACGUGUAAAUAAACUGUUAAGGUUGUCACAUUUACCUUUGGGGGAGUUGAAAAUGAUGUCCUUCAUAUAGGAUUAAAUUUUCAUUCUGAAAUUCCAAACAGUGCAGAGGAGGCAAACGUGCCCUCCAUUCUGUUUCAGCUCCGACCCUUGUCCUGUCGCUACAAGUCAUUCAACUACUUGUUUCAGUUCUAUGUAUGUGCAUUCAGAUAUAUACAUACAGAUACAAAAAAGCUUGAGCGGAUGCUGUGUCUCACAAUAUGUAACGUUUCAUAGCUCAGUUUUGCUGUCUAGCUGUGUACCUUGGCUUUCUUCCAACAUCAGUAAUACAUAGCUUAAUUUUUUUUUUGUAAAAAACUAGCUGAUGGGAUAGAGAGAUGACUUAGUGGUUAAGAAUGUGUACUGUUCUUGCAAAGGAAACUCGUUUGAGUAUCAGAAUUCACACUGUGCAACUCAGCCUGCCUUAACUCCAGCUCUGGGGGACUCUCAUGAGCUCUGGCCUCCACAGGCACCUGUACUCACAUGCACUACCCCCUCCACACAUAAAAAUAAUAAAGUGAAUCUUUAAAAAGGUUUUAGAAAGAAUUAGCUAUGCUUCAUCUCCAAGUGUGGA